CCUGGGAACUCCCCUAAACCACGUGUUCUUUUUGCAAGCCGGUACAGUUUCACACAGUUCAGUAAAGAUGUCUUCUCGUCCGCUGGAGCACUUGGUUCUGCUCAGCAUUUCCACCACUGGCAGCUAUGAGGAUGGAGAGGAAGCAAGCACCGUCCUGUUGGCAUGGCUUAUUCACAAUGUCAGCAACAACAAGACAAUGAGUCAAGAGGAAGUGUAUGUGCUCCCCCAGGAGGGCACCCCACCUGCCAGUGCCUUACCCCCUGGGAUCUCCCCAGCAUCAUUGAAGGAUGCAUGCUCUCUGGAGGUUGCUCUCAAGAAGCUCCACGAAAGCCUUACAAAGCUAGCUGGUACCACAUUCUCCAUAAUGGUCAGCGGUCCCAGGCCGUUACGUCAGUUCCUCCACCCUGAGGCCCGGGCGCUGGGCAUAACACUGCAGUCCUACCUCUGUCACUAUCUGGACCUCAAUAAGGAGAUGAGGGUCACGUAUCCCUCUGCACCCUUCACCACCGAUCUCGACAAAAUGGCAGAAUUCCUUGGUAUUGAGUGUGCUAGAGAUGGUCCCAGAGUGGGGCAAGUGGAACUGCUCCUAUUCUGCAAGAUUGUCACUACUCUCAUCUCUGAAGGUCAUGUCUUCCAUAAGCUCGAGGUUGUGAAACAGUUUGACAGCUCAAAAACUCUUCCAAAUCGCCCAGACGUGAAGAUGGAUGCAGUGCUCUCACUGAAAGGUCUACCGUACCAAUCCACUGUUGAUGAUGUUGCAGGAUUUCUAGCUGGACUCAACAUCGUUCCAGGUGGUAUUGCUUUCGGGACCAAUCAAAUGGGCCGAAGGACUGGAGGGGCUGUGGUUGUCACGGAGACAGCGGAACAGGCAGAACUUGGACUGGAGAGAAACAGACAUUACAUUGGACCAAGAUAUGUAGAGGUGUCUCUGGGUUCGCCUGAGGAUUUCUGGCAGAUAGCGGAUGUGGACGUGGAGGACGAUACCUCAGAUGGUGUGUUCGUCAUCAGGAUGACAGGACUACCCUAUCGAGCCACCGCGGAAGAAAUUGUUGAUUUCUUUGCUGAUGGCUCGGCCACUGUCAUGCAAGAGACAGAAGGUGUGCUGCUGAUCGAGUAUCCUGACGGCAGAGCAUCAGGUGAUGGCUACGCCCUCUUCAACAGUGAUGCUGAUCUCAAGGCAGCACUAGAGCUGAACAAACAGAAAAUCCCCAACUACAGUCGAUAUGUGGAGCUCUACAAAUCUUCUUCGAAGGAUUUAAAAGCCGUGCUGUCAGCUUCGGGGACCCCGGACCAACAAGCCAGGUUCUCACGUAUCCUGGGCACACCCAUCUCUACCAAUCCUGAGAUUGAGGCUCUUCGUGGGAAGGAGAGGGAUUGUGUCAAGCUGAGAGGUCUUCCCUUUGACUCCAAGCCUGACGAUGUUCUGGCUUUCUUCGGAAGCUUGAAGGAUGAAAUAGCUUCCAAGGGCGUGCAUAUGGUUCUCAAUGCUAAUAACAAGCCGACGGGAGACUGCUAUGUACAGAUGAAGAGCGAAGACAGUGCUAAGAAAGCGUCCACCGACCUCAACAAAGAGUAUAUUGGGAGCAGAUACAUCGAAGUCUUCCAGUGCUCUGGAGAUGAGGUAGCAAGAGUGCUGAUGGAGAAGAGCAUUAGUGGUGGUUAUCGUGGUGAUCGUCGGCGUGGGGGAGGAGGAGCCAGAGGGGGAGGAGGUGGUUUUGGAGGAGGUGGUUUCGGUAGCAGUGGUGGUGCAAGUGGUGGUUUUAGUGGAGGCGCAAGUAGUGGUGGUUUCGGAAGAAGUGAUAGAGGAGGUGAUAGAGGCGGUGACCGAAGACGUAGGACAAGUGGGGGCUCUAAGUCGAUUGUCAAGGCCAGAGGUCUCCCGUUCAAAGUUCAAGUACCGGAGGUGGUAGAUUUCUUUGCCGAUUAUGAUGUGGCUGAAAGUGAUGUUGAGCUGCUGUACAGUCGUGAUGGUCGUGCCCUAGGGAUUGCUCUGGUUACCUUCUCUAGUCAGCAAGUGGCUGAGGAUGCCAUCCGGGAGAAGAAUAAAAUGUACCUGGGUUCGAGAUAUAUUGAACUUUCCCUCAAAUAUGAAUAGUGCAUAGUUGAAGUAUAACAGAUAUGAAGUAUUAUGAUAUUUGUGUAGAAACAUUGUUUAUCGAACAACAUUAA